AUGAGGAGGGAGGCAGCUGGCGAGGGCGGCGGCAACUCGCGGCUCGGGCGCGGCCGGCGGCGCCCACGGCAUGCGGCGGCGGCGGCGACUUCUCCGGACGGGGGUGGGGGUGCCGGAGGCCGCGACGGAGGCCGCAAGGAUGGAAAAAGGGUGGCUGCGGUGCGGGGGUGGAGAUACCAGGUCUGCUCGGCCCGAGCAGACCUAGGGCGGCUGCAGGGUGGCCGCAGCGACGGCAGCGGCCCACAGGGGCGGCGGCCCGCAAUCGACGAGGAGGGAUGUCGGUGCUCCGGGGAAGACGGCGGGAGCCGUCUCAGCGGCGGCUGCGCACGGGCUGCUGCUGGAACUCGGCUCGGCCGAGCCUUGUCCCAGGCGGCAGCAAUCGGCCUGGGCGGCAGCAGCGGCGCUAG